AUGAGAGUCCAAAGCGUCACUUUCUUCCUCGGUCUAUGCACCGCAGUCUUCGCAGUCCCUCAUAAGCCCCAGAACGAAAGAGGUAUGUGGAAGAACUGGCAAGAGUCAUCAAUGACUACUGUGACGCCGACGCCGACGCCCACUACACCUCCGGGCGACGACGAUGACUCUGGGGAGUUUCCCUUCCCAUGGCCCACCGAGUGGCCACCAAUCUUCGAUAACUACCCAGAAAUCGGAGGCAAUGACGAUUCAAGCUCCGACGAUGUGCCUGAUGCCAAUGAUAAAUCUACUUCUGGGAUGCCAGACGUCAAGGGCGACGAGCGUCCUUCGAAGAGCUUGAAGUAG